AAAGUCUAGCUCUAAGCACCCUUCGAAGUUGCUUGAGAUUGCUUUAUAUCAGCAAGGAAAUCAAUGGCAGUCUCUCCUCUCCCCAUUGCCACUGCAAGUCCCACUGUUCUUCAAAUCUCUGCUACUCCCAAAUUCACUCUCUCUUGUUCUCUUUCUUGUCAUCCAAAAACCACUAGUUCCAGGCCCAAGCUUUCUUCAUCCUCCAUUCCUGCAACUAGGAAAACAUUCCUGAACAUUGGUAUUGGCCUUGUAGCAGCCUCAGUCCUGGCCUUGACGCCCUUGGAUGCCGAUGCAACUAGAAUUGAAUAUUACGCCACUGUGGGGGAACCUUUAUGUGAACUUAACUAUGCGAAGUCUGGUCUCGGUUACUGCGACAUUGUAGAAGGACCUGGGGACGAAGCCCCCCUCGGCGAGCUUAUUAAUGUUCACUACACUGCAAGAUUCGCUGAUGAGACUGUGUUUGAUAGCAGCUACAAACGGGCUAGGCCUCUCACCAUGCGCAUAGGUGUCGGUAAGGUUAUCAAGGGAUUGGAUCAGGGAAUUUUGGGGGGUGAAGGAGUACCCCCAAUGCGGAUAGGUGGGAAACGCAAACUAAGGAUUCCUCCACAUUUAGCAUACGGCCCAGAACCUGCGGGCUGCUUUUCAGGUGACUGCAAUAUACCGGGUAAUGCCACACUUCUGUACGAUAUUAAUUUUGUUGGUAUUUAUUCUGGUAAUGCAAAGUAAGGGGAUAGAAGAUCGUCGGAUUCAUAUAUCCACCUGAAGCACACUUGGAUCAAGUUUGACUAAACUAGGCAUCGUUCUACAAGAUAAGAGAUAUUAAAUGGACAUUUUGAUGAGUGUAACUUGUUUGGCAGAAUCUCCUUGCUUAGUCCGACCACCUCAAGUUACCGUUCUUCCCUGACAGGCGGACAAACGAUUGAUAUUGAUGCCCGUUUUCAGAGUAAUGAUAUGGAUAUGUCCAGCAAGGUGUAUCAUUGAACAUGAAAUGGGACAACUUUGUACCUUCAGUGUAUAUGUAAUUUUCAGUAUCAUCACCUACACUUGUAUGUUUUUCCCUGAAACGACAGUGGGGUUCUGGAUGCUUAUAAAUUAGAACAGUGAACUGCAAAUUCGUGAUUCUGAGUCUUGUUUUACUCGGUAGGUUAGGUGAUAUCUCCCUGGCAAAACUGGCUGCCAAAAAUUGAUUGCGACUUGCGAUUUGUCAGGUAAACAGGUAUAUUAACAUGGAUACGUAACUUUAACUGCUGCGGCAAAUGUUAAAACAAUGUCUCUUGUCAAUAUUCGAUAUACAUAAUAUAAAAUUAACAAUAAGACAAGUCAA